UGAAAAUUUGUAUUUGUUUCCUCUAUAGGUAUGCAUUAACUGGGCAUUUGACAACAAAAUCAGAUGUUUACAGUUAUGGGGUUGUGCUCUUGGAAUUGCUUACAGGCAGAGUGCCAGUAGACAUGAAGAGGGCUCCUGGGGAAGGUGUUCUUGUCUCUUGGGCUCUGCCCCGGCUUACAGAUAGAGAGAAGGUUGAGCAGAUUAUGGACCCAGCCAUGGAAGGUCAGUACUCCAUGAAGGAGGUCAUUCAGGUGGCUGCCAUUGCUGCCAUGUGCGUCCAGCCUGAAGCAGAUUACAGGCCUCUGAUGGCAGAUGUGGUGCAGUCAUUGGUACCUCUCGUGAAGCAUCAUAAGUCAACUGCAAAAAUUGGCAGCUGCUCUAGUUUCCAUGCGAUUAAAUCUCCGACCACCAGUGAAUUUGGUAAAGCCAGUGCUUGAGAAUAACCUAAGCUAGCAAUAUUCACGGUCAUCCUGCUGAUAUAUAGGGGGCUUUGUACUCAUUAGAUCUUUGAUCUAAGAUUCAAAGUUGUUCUCUCCCAAGUUUUAGAUAUUGGGUUUGAUCUAUUUAACUAUGCCAUGUAAUUUUGGAGAUUUCAGGCAAACUAGUUCUGCUGCUGAGACUGGUGAGAUGAGACAUUGAGAGUGGGAGAUUGAAUGCUUAGGUAUGGUUUCUGUUUCUA